AUGCUUCCAGAUUAUCUUUCGGACAACAGAAAACGAAAAUUCGGAGAGGAUCAGACUCCUUCUGGUGAAGUUGCAUCAUCCGGUGGAGGAUUCAAUGCUCCUUAUGCUAGUACUUCGCCAUCCGGCCUAUCGUCUGUAGGCUCUUCUCAACAUCCUUAUGUUUCUGGAGCAAGCCCUUCAAAUGCUCCCCAAUCUCCUUACGUAUCCACUGCUGCAAGUAACCAUUACCAAAUUCCGAACUAUGGUUAUUAUUCCUAUGGUUCUUCCAACCCAUCGUUGGUAGGUGAUCCGAACCCGAAUUUGGCUAGUCCUUACACGAUGCCAAACACUCAGAAUCAUCCUUACGGAUUGAUGCCUUCUGCACCUUCGGCUGCUGCUUACAUGGGUGGUCUCCCUCCACAACCUAUUCCAUCGUACCCAGCUAAUACUUCUUAUGAUUAUGGAUCAAACGUUUCUCAGAUGCCACCGCUUACUGGGGUUUCUCCUGGAAUGCCGAAUGUUCCUUCUCGACUCCCCAGUAUCCAUUCUUUGCAGCAACAGCAGUCUGCGUACCCUGGUUACAAUUCACCGUAUCAUUACAACAACGAUUACAUGGGAAAUGUUUCUGCUUUGUCAAAUGCCAAUGCUGGGGGAUUGCUGAAUUCGUCGAAUCCAGUCAUGCCAGCUGUCGACAACAAUAAUUUUUACAAUUCCUCUGCGUCGACUACUCCCGCAACAAAUACACUUCCCAGUUAUACUCGCUCAAAACCUCGCUCUACUAGUCAUCCUAGAUCAUCAUCCAUUCAACAUGCCUCUGCUACACCACCCGAUAAUACCCCUUCCUUUUCUUCUCCUCCCAUAAAGACUGAUGCUUCUACAAAGGAUCCUAGAAAAAACCCCAAUUAUGCUAUGCAAUGCGUUCAAUGGAUCCGUUCUUUCAUUCCUCAAGCCGAUAUUGGAACAACGAUCAAUGCCCUUGCACAAAAUAACUGGGAAGAGACGACUGCUUUGUCUGUAUUAUCCCGACAGUUCUUGAAUCAUGAUGUGUCAGCUGAGCUACAGCAACAUCAGGCUUUUACUCAUGGUCUCCCUGACUUCUCCAGUUAUAUUCCAAAACAAGAAACCUCGAAUCGUACUGUACAAACCCAGAAACGUUCUAUUCGUGACAAGUACACCCAACCCUCAGCUGGGUUUCCCAUGAUACCUGCCGAGGAAGCCACGCCUAUUCCCUCCUACUCCCGAAAACCGGCAAAAAAACCUGUUGAAGAAGAUGAAUUCUAUGAUUCUGGAGAAGAAUCAGAUGUUGUCGUUCAAAAAGACACUUCAGCUUUGGAACGGACUGUUCUCAAUUUCAUCAAUGUUAGUUCUGCUAAAGAAAUUUCUGAUACUGCCAGUUGCCCACUCGCUCACUCCAAGUUGCUUUUGGAACAUCGUCCUUUCAAUAGUCUCACCGAAGCCUCUAUUAUAAAGCAUCCAGAUGAUAUUCCCAGUAAGCCUGGUAGGAGAGGUCGAAGAAGACCGAAGAUUCCUAUGGGUCAAAAGAUUGUCAACGUUUGCUUGGAGACCAUGGAAGGAUACUAUGCUAUUGAUAACCUUAUUGCUCGUUGCGAAGAUCUAGGUAAGCGUAUUUCCGAUGGUAUGGCUUCUUGGGGUAUUAAAUUAAAAGAAGCUUCUGGUGAGUUAAACAUCGUUGAUAUGGAUUCACUAUACAAUAAACCUUCUUAUAACGCUAACUAUCCUGGGUUUAUCACUGAACAACCUGCCAGUCUUGCUCCUGAUGUAAAGCUAAAGAGCUACCAAAUGAUUGGUGUGAAUUGGAUGAACUUAUUGUACAGAUUGGGUCUUUCUGGUAUUUUAGCCGAUGAAAUGGGCUUAGGUAAGACAUGUCAGGUUGUUGCUUUUUUUGCUUUGCUUCUUGAACAAGGCCGUACUGGUCCUCAUCUCGUAGUCGUUCCCUCUUCUACUCUAGAAAAUUGGUUGCGUGAGCUUGCUCGCUUUUGUCCUCGCCUUCGUGUAGAACCAUACUACGGAAGUCAACAAGAACGUGCUAAUAUUCGAGAAGCUAUAGAAGAAAACAACGUAACAUAUGACAUCCUGGUAACUACAUACCAGCUUGCUACCAGUAGCAAAGAGGACCGCUCAUUUCUAAAGCAUCAAAAUUAUGAUGUCUGUGUUUAUGAUGAAGGCCAUUAUUUGAAAAAUCGAAUGUCAGAGCGAUAUAAGAAUUUGAUGAACUUAACUGCUAACUUUCGGUUACUCUUGACUGGUACUCCUCUGCAGAACAAUCUAAAAGAGUUAGUAUCGUUGCUAGCUUUUAUCCUUCCGAACAUGUUUGACAGUGACAUGGAGGACUUGGAUGUCAUUUUCAAAGCCAAGCCUACUGCUGAUGCCGACAUUGAGCAAGCUCUGUUAUCUAAGCAGAGAAUCAGCAGAGCCAAAACAAUGAUGACUCCUUUUGUAUUGCGUCGACGUAAAGCGCAAGUUUUGGGUGACUUACCUCAGAAAAGUCAUCACAUUGAAUAUUGCGAUUUAUCCGCCGAACAGGAAAAAAUAUACAAUCGGUAUGCUGCUGUGCAGAAAUCUCAACAAUUAAAACGUGAGGACAAGCGACCUAAGAAAGUAAAGAAGGACGAAGAAAAUGGGGAGAAUGGCAAGCCGGCAUCGGUUGGACAUACCCUUAUGCAAUUACGAAAGGCUACGAACCAUGCUUUACUUUUCCGAGAACAUUAUGAUACCGAUACUUUGCACAAAAUGGCUAAAGAUAUCAUGAAGGAAGAACAGUACAAAAAUGCAAAUGAGCAAUACAUCUUUGAAGAUAUGGAAAUUAUGUCCGACUUUGAGCUUCAUCGUCUGUGCUGUAAUUUCUCCACAUUGCAACCAUACUUGUUGAAAGACGAGCCUUGGAUGGAUUCAGGAAAAAUCUUGAAACUCAAAAAGAUGAUACCUGAAAUGAAACAGAAAGGAGAUCGUAUACUUCUUUUUAGCCAGUUUACGCAAAUGCUUGAUAUUUUAGAGCAAGUUUUGGAUUCUUUGAAAAUUUCUUAUGUUCGUUUGGAUGGAUCUACUCAAGUAGAAACUCGUCAAGACAUUAUUGAUCAAUUUCAUAGGGAACCCGAUGUUACGGUAUUUUUACUGUCCACUAGAGCUGGUGGUUUUGGUAUUAACCUGGCUUGUGCGAAUGUGGUAAUUUUAUAUGAUUGUUCUUAUAAUCCUUUUGAUGACCUGCAAGCUGAAGAUCGUGCACAUCGUGUGGGCCAGAUGCGCGAUGUAAGAGUUAUAAGAUUAAUUACGAAAGAGACUGUUGAAGAGUAUAUUCAAAGACUUGCAAAUACCAAGUUAGCUCUCGACAUGAGUCUUAGCUCUGAUGGCAAAGACCGCGAAGAGCUGGGAGAGCGUUUGGUUCAAGAUAUGUUUGACAAAGAAGAUCACGAUAAUGAAGGAGAUACGGAAACUGAUAAUACUAAAAAAAUUCAAACUAAGGAGGAGCUCCAAGAGGACGAGUCUAAGGAAGAACCAAAAAGUAUUGAACCAGAAACGACCGCUGACGCGACUAAAUUAGAAAUCACGAAACAGGAAGAACCUUCAAAUAACGAAGACCAAGUGAAACCCGACGAAAAAAAGGUUGAGGAUAAUUCUAGUCUAAACAAUCCGUCGAGUAAUAUUACGGAGGCAGCAUCGAGUUCUAAUGCUAUAGAAGAGGGUAAAGAAAGUGAUGAUACUACAUCUUUAGCAACGUCGGAGGAGAAACCAUCAGCAGCUGAGCUAUCUUCUCAGACGGCUGAAGAAGAUCAUUUAAAGGCAGUUUAA